AUGCCUUCAAUAACCCCCUUCCUACGCACAACGCCACUCUUCACUAUAUCUCUCUUCCUCCGCCUCGCUCUUCUCUUCUAUGGCCUCUAUCAAGAUGCCCAUUCAGCCCUGAAAUACACAGACAUCGACUACCUUGUCUUUACCGACGCUUCCCGCUUCGUCGCUGAAGGCUCAUCACCAUAUGCCCGCGACACAUAUCGCUAUACGCCUCUGCUCGCCUGGCUGCUCCUACCAACCGUCCGAUUCUCCGCCUUUGGAAAGCUGGUCUUUGCUGCGGCUGAUCUCUUGGCGGGAUGGCUUAUUCUGCGUGUGCUUAGACGGAGGGGUAUGGAUGAAGCUACUGCUGGGGGCUUUUCCGCGCUGUGGUUAUGGAACCCUAUGGUAGCGACUAUCAGUACCCGUGGAAGUUCGGAAGGCCUCUUGGGCGUGUUGACGAUGGGUUUAUUAUGGGCUGUUGAGCGACGAAAACUCAGUCUUGCUGCGAUCAUUCUUGGAUUGUCGGUUCACUUCAAGAUAUACCCCUUCAUCUAUGCACCAGCUAUUGUGUGGUGGAUGGACGAUGCUCGCUUAGGUAAAGAGACAAAGGCUGCUACUCGUCCUUCAUCGUAUAAGGGAGCAGUCUCAAACUUCUUCACGCCGGAUCGCCUCAAGUUUGGACUUCUCAGUCUCAUAACGUUCAUGAUUCUCAACCUCAUCAUGUUCUCCAUUUAUGAGACCCCGUUCCUUGUGCAUACUUACUUUCACCAUGUCACAAGGGUCGACCACCGUCACAACUUCUCACCUUACAAUGUCCUGUUGUAUCUCACCUCUGCCACUCCCGCUGAUGCUGCACCUUCAUUCCGUAUCGAGUCGUUCGCUUUCCUCCCUCAACUUCUUCUAUCCUGCGUUCUCAUUCCUCUCGCUAUUGCCAAGCGCGAUCUUGCAACAGCCAUGAUGGCUCAGACAUUUGCUUUCGUUACAUUUAACAAAGUCUGUACCUCCCAAUACUUCCUUUGGUACAUGAUCUUUUUACCACUUUAUUUGCCCAACUCAUCUUUCCUCCGCGACCCCAAGUUGGGCAUCUCAGCACUGUUCCUCUGGGUAGUCUCCCAAGCUGCCUGGUUGCAACAAGGUUACCAGCUCGAGUUUCUCGGCAUCAGUACCUUCUUCCCAGGCCUUUGGUUGGCCUCGCUCGGCUUCUUCUUGGUUAACUGCUGGAUUCUGGGCGUCAUCAUUAGUGACGGUGCUGCUCAGUCAACACGAUCGACCAUUAAGUUCCACGUCGAAUAA